ACCUGACCAAUGUCCCCGAGCGCACCACUCAAACGGUCAAUCGGUCCAACCUGCAGCUACGUAGGUGCAACCGCCGGCCAUGGGCGGCACGCCGCGGAGCAGCAUCGGCCACAUCCUGCCCGGCGCCGGCUUCUUCACCGUCGGCCUGUGGCACCUGUUCAACCACAUUAGGCUCUUCUCCCAGCGCCCGGACUCCUACGUCGCGCCGGUGUGGUUCCCCGUGCCGCGCGCGCGCUACCUCGAGCCCGCCCUCGUCAUCGCCGGCAGCGCCCUCGAGUUCGUCAUGGAGAUGUUCGUGGACCACUCCACCUUCCUGCCGUUCGACGCCGACGGCUCCAUCCCGUCGGACCGCCUCCACAACCACGAGCACGCCAUCAUCUGCCUGGCCCUCAUCGUCUACGCGGGCGGCGCCGUCCACCUGGACCGCGCUCGGGCUCCGGGGCGCCGCGCGCUCUGCCUGCUGCUCGUGUCGGUGGUGUUCGCGCAGGAGCUCCUCGUAUUCCACUUCCACUCCACCGACCACGCCGGCGUCGAGGGCCAGUUCCACUGGAUCCUCCAGGUGGUCGUCGCGGCGUGCCUCGGCACCGCGCUCCUCGGCGUCGGCUUCCCGCGGAGCUUCGCGGUGAGCCUGGCCCGGUCGGCGUGCAUCAUGUUCCACGGGGUGUGGCUGGCGGUCAUCGGCGCCAUGGUGUGGGUGCCCAGCAUGGUGCCCAAGGGGUGCUCGCUGGUGCGCGAGGACGGCCGCGACACGGUGCGCUGCCACAGCAAGGCCAGCCUUCACCGCGCCAGGGCGCUCGUGAACCUGCAGUUCGGGUGGUACCUGUCCUUCAUGACCGUGCUCGUCCUCGCGGUCUAUCUCUACGUUUGCAGCAAAUACCCCGCCGACCAACCGUACGCGCGGCUCCUCCGGAAAGCCGGCGACGAGGAGGAAGAGCAUGACCUAGAGGCGCGCAAGUGCGGGGUGCCGCGUGACGGCGGCAGCGACGUGCAUGCGCGUGGCUUCGCGCCACUGGAGAUCCAGGUGUAAAUGUGUCAAGCUGUAGCUAGAGUCCCCGCAGAUGCAUUGUACUACAGUGCUUGUCUGAAUGUUAUCUAUCUACGAAUAUCCAUGGAUCGACCGGUUCGUA